UAUAUCAGUGCAAUAAUCGAUCGUACCCUCUCAAAAGUCACGUGACGCCGAUCCCUCUCAAACUCUAGAGAGAGGGAGAGGGAGGUGAGAGGGCUUUCUCGCUCGAUCUCUUCACCAACAUCGCCGCCGUAUCUCUCUCUCUCUCUCUCUCUCUCUCAAGAAUAGGAGGCAAGGAUGGCUUCCAACGAAGCGGUGAAAGUAGCAUCUGGGAGCGGUGUUACUGAAGAUUCGGAGACUACAGUUGAGAUAAAAAUUAAAACUUUGGAUUCUCAGACAUACACUUUACGGGUGGAUAAAUGUGUUCCAGUCCCAGCAUUAAAGGAACAAAUAGCCAGUGUGACUGGGGUGUUGUCACAUCAACAACGUUUAAUCUGUCGUGGCAAAGUUCUGAAAGAUGAUCAGCUACUCUCUGCUUACCAUGUGGAAGACGGUCACACAUUGCAUCUGGUUGUUAGACAACCACACCAGUCUGCAACACCAUCAUCGAGUCGCAUGGAAUCUGAAGGUGGUCAUUCAGGCACUACUUCGGCUUCAGGUAGUGAAUAUAAUCACGGCAGUCAUGUGGCUCAUAGUUUUGUGUUUGAAUCUGUUAAUGUAGACCACGGGGAUGUUGACGCUUCGGUUAUUAGCCGGGUUAUAUCAAGCAUGUUCGGUUCUAUUGGAUCGACUAACAACGUAACAAGGAACACAGGAGGAAGUGAUAUUAGGGAAAUGAUUUUGGAAAGGCUUGGACGAGCAAAUAGUGACAGUGGCCUUUCAGAUUCAACCCAGUCUCAUUCCGAUCCUACUAAUUCACAAAGGGACAGACGGCAGACAGAUGCUAGAUUUUCAUCUACAGCUCCCUUAGGGACCCAAAACCCACCUGUGAUUCCCGAUUCUUUGAUCACUUUGUCCCAGUAUAUUGACCUUAUGAGGGAUGACUUCCGGAGGGAGGGGUUUGGUGCUAAUGAAGUCAAUGGCGUGCAUCUUAAUGAGGGACGCAGUGAUGAUUCUCAUUCUCCUGCUGCACAAGUUGGUUUACCAACCCCAGCAUCCUUAGCUGAAAUGCUAUGCUCUGCGAGGCAACUGCUUAUGAAUCAGACAGGAGACUGUAUUAUGCAGCUUGCUAGACAACUGGAGGACCACACAAGGGUAACUGAUCCUGUGACAAGGAUGAACAUGCAGUCCAGUGCAAUGAGAUCAGGACUACUUAUGCAAAAACUGGGUUCAAUGUUACUGGAGCUUGGUCGCACAACUAUGACAUUACGCAUGGGUCAAAACCCAGCUGAAGCCGUAGUUAAUGCUGGACCUGCAAACUUCAUUUCUGCAACGGGGCCAAAUCCUUUGAUGGUUCAGGCUGUUCCUUUUCAUCCGGGAUCCAGUGCAGGGGGAGCAAACAUGGGACCUGUAAAUCCGAAUCAUGGUCUAGAAGGUGAACCACCUGAGGCUCCAUUUGUUCCUAGAAAUAUUGAAAUACGAAUCCGUACAGUAGGCCGUGCAGUUCCUGUUGCCUCUACGAAUCCAAGCGAACUGUCAGCAGGUCAGCAACAGCAAGAACAAUCAGAUCCAGCAAGGAAUUCUUCUGCUUCAAAUGUUGUCAAUCAAGCAUUUUCAGCCGGAGAUUCUGGAGUUCGUGUAGUUCCACUGAGAACAGUGGUUGCAGUGCCUGCUGGAGUUAACCCUUCACCCUCUGAUUCUUCUGCUGUUGGGUCAGUUCGGUUGUUCUAUCCUCUUCUGGCAAGAGUUCGACAGUCAACUGCUGGCAAUGCAGGUGAAGUUGAUGGACAUACUCUUCAUCAACCCUCUGUUCAGAGAGAGAAUUUGGAAUCUAACGGUGGAGGUGCUGUAGGAGAUGAACCUUUUGUUUCUGGAUUGAGUUCUGGUGCAUAUCAAGUGUUUGGCUCAAGCCAGCAGGGUCCUCCAAAUAAUAACAGCGAUAGUGGAACACAAGCUAAUGAUAAUACACCAGGAGGUAUUGAGGCACAUGAUAAUGAACAAGGAGUAUUCCUCUCAAAUGUUCUUCAUCGCCUCAUGCCAUUGAUAUCUCGAGACAGGGAGAAUGAUGUUUCUUCAGAUAUUCCUAGCCCUUCAACUACAGAAAUAGAGAGGGAAAAUUUAAACGGUUCAAGCUCUCGUCAUCAAGGUGACCAUCCUGAGGUCCCAAGUCCAAAACGAACAAAGAGAGACGGUGAUUGAUUUGCGAUGUACCCAAUUGUUGGCGUCGAUGCUCAUUACUGUUACAGUUUUUUGAGUUUUUAUUUGUAGGGCUACAACAUUUUGGAGCUUGGGUUAAGAUGCAUUACAAAUAAUAGUGCUGCUUUUGUGAGCCCAAUAAAAUGAAUAUUCUUCUCUUCUUGCAUGCAUAUUUACUGUAUCCUUGGUACUUUUGUUGUCAAGAAUUGGGGACUGAUCCACAUAUGAAAGGUUUUGUGAAAUUGGUUAUAUAGAUUAUUGUAUUUGGCCAACGUUCAAUCCGAGCUGGGAAGAAUCUCAAGUGCUUGUUUUUUUAUGCACAUGUUCAUGUGUUGAGUUUGAGCGAACAAUUAUAUUCAUGUGUUGAGUUGAACAAACAUUUGUAUGAAGUGUGUAUUGUUUUUGUUAAGGUUUCGGAU